AUGAGUAGAACCAGCUACCACCGAUUAAUCAUGGAUGUUGUGUCUUUUAUCGUCGUAUUGCUCAACUUGAUUGCUAUUCACGUAUAUUUCCGGCAAGAUGCAAACCAGGCAUUUAUCGGGAAUGCGAGAAGUUUAAAGUUUGGAGUUUCUGCAGCCAUUGACACCAUAAGAGCUAAUGAAUCUCUCAGGGAAACUGAAGCUUUGAUCUCCAAUGGAAAUAGAUUCAAGUUAUGUUUUUACAGCCCGUCAAAUAGCAGCCGACGUUACCUCGGUAUCAUGUACAAUGUCCCGGUGAUGACUGUUGUAUGGGUGGCUAAUAGAAAUAAGCCUCUCAGUGAUUUAUCUGGAACAUUUCAGAUAUCAUCAGAUGGCAAUCUCGUGAUCUUGGAUGGUCGAAAGGAGAUUAUGUGGUCGACAAAUAUUUCAUCUUCUGUUACGAACUCUAGUGCUGUGCUCUUGGAUACAGGGAAUCUGGUUCUGCAAGAUAACUCCAACGGUGCAUAUGUUUGGGAGAGCUUCCAGCAUGCUUCCGAUUCCUGGUUAGAGAAGAUGAAAAUUGUUACAGAUUUGAUAACGGAUGAGAAGAAUAUGUUGACAUCGUGGACAAGUCCUGAUGAUCCAGCACCUGGAAGUUUCACCGUAACCCUAGAGCCUUUGGACGUACCUCAGUCGUUUGUUCGCAAGAAUGGUAGCCCCUACUGGCGUACUGGUCCGUGGAAUGGUCAGAAAUAUACUGGGGUUCCGUCCAUGAGCUCACAAUAUCGUUACGGCGUGAAGGGAGUUUAGAGCAGAAGGUGUGGUCUGAUGACAAUAAACGAUGGGACGUAACAUGGUCAUCAACAAGUAACGAGUGUGAUAUGUAUGGUAAGUGUGGACCUUUCGGAAGCUGUGAUGCUCAAGACAGGCCAAUAUGUUCCUGUCUUCGGGGCUUUGAGCCCAGAAGCAAAGAUGAGUGGGAUGCGGGAAACUGGACGAGUGGAUGCUCGAGGAAAACUCGACUCCAAUGUGAACAGAAUAAUUUUGUUGGUAAACAAGAUGAGUUUCUAAAGGUGGAGGGAAUGAAGUUGCCGGAUCAUUUUAUAUUUUCUGGUUUAUCAGAAGAAGAAUGCAGGGAUGUGUGCUUGAUUAAUUGUUCAUGUAUAGCUUAUGCAUAUCCUCCUGGAAUCGGAUGUCUGCAAUGGACUCAGAACUUAACAGAUACUCAGAAGUUGGCUUAUGGCGGUGAUGGCUUGCACAUUCGG